AUUCAUCAUAUUAAAAUUUCUAUGUCUGAGGUUGAAAAAUAAUUGAUGUUCAGAGAAUCAAAGUUAUCAUGCUAUAUAAGUGUUCAAAAAUUAUCAAUAACCUAAAUUACACCUAAUUGCAAGUUCUUCCAUUUCUCUCUUGAUUACUUCUCAACUUUAUAAAGAAAGAUGGACAGAGAAGACAUUGUGAUUAUAGGAGGUGGUAUAUGCGGCUUAGCAACAGCAUUGGCCCUUCACAGGAAAGGGUUAAAGAGUGUAGUUCUAGAAAAAUCCGAGACAUUGCGUGAAUGUGGCGUUGUUAUUUCCAUUCUUACGAAUGGAUGGCGUGCACUUGACCAAUUAGGUGUUGCAUCCAAGCUUCGACCAGUCUCAUUUCCAGUCUUUGGGUUUCAUGAUAUAGUUCUAGACAAUGGAUCAGAACGAAGGACACCUGCAAGUAAGGAAGAAAUUCGAAGCUUUCGUCGAAUUCAUCUUAUUGAAACCUUGGCGAAGGAGCUUCCUGAAGACACCAUACGUUUUGGAUGUCAAGUUUCAGCUAUCACUAUGGACCGUGACAGUUCCUAUCCAGUAAUUCAUCUCGAUGACGGAACCAUCAUCAAAUCCAAGGUUCUCAUUGGUUGUGAUGGAGCAUUUUCAAGAGUUGCCGAGUAUGUUGGGCUAAAACCCGUGAAACAUUAUAGCAUGGCUGUUGUACGUGGACUAACAAAUUACCCAACUGGACAUAACAUUUCCGAAAAGAUGUUUACUCGGACAAGAAAAGGCAAUGUGAUGGUCGGGAGAAUACCAAUGGGUGAAAACCUCGUCUACUGGUUUGUGUCAAUGAGAUCUCCUACUAAAGAUUCGACCGUGUUGAAAGAUUUAGACAUGAAAAACUUAGCUAAGGAGGCAGUUAAAGAUUAUCCAUCAGAAACAGUAAACAUGAUAGAGCAAUGUGACAUCAACUCCUUACACUUUAAUAAUUUGCAUUAUCGUCCUCCAUGGAACCUCUUUGUUGAAAACUUCAGCAAAGGAAAUGUAAUUGUUGCGGGUGAUGCCAAGCAUGUAAUGGCUCCAGCUCUUGGCCAAGGUGGUUCGGCCGCUCUCGAAGAUUCUGUCGUUCUGGCUCGAUGCAUGGCGCAAAAAAUGAUUGUCGAAGGAUUAGAAGGUGAACAACAACAUCAAAAAACAAUAAAUUGGGGAAAAGCUGAAUUAGCAUUUGAUCAGUUUUUGAAAGAGAGAAGGUCAAGAGUUUGGUGGUUGUCCUUGAACACUCACAUCAUUGUUUCUCUAAGUCAGCAUGCUUCAUCUAAGGCCAUUCGUUUCCUAUGUAUAUUUUUCCUCAUUGCUCUAUUUCGAAAGCCUUUGUGGGAUGUACAAUAUAAUUGUGGACGGCUCUAGUUUGUGGAAUACUUUCUUCAUUUCCUUCAAAUUACAAUAUAGUAGUAGUUUGAAUUUGGAACUAUUCAGUAUUCACAUGAGUUUGGUUAAUUAUAUAUAAUAACAGAAUUUAUCAUGUAUAUGUUGUUGGGUUUUGCUCAUCAUAAAUUUAUAUUGAUAUUAAUUUUUUAUAA